AUGGGACUCUUUUUCGGCUACUGCACCGUUGAGAUAGCAGUAGACAUUUGUAUCCUUCACCGUAAGAGAUGGGGAAGGGAUUUACCAAAACGUAAACGAAAGAAGCUGAGAAGAUUCAUGGGCCAAAGUGAUUUUGCGCACUUUGAAAUCUGGAAAAAGAUGGAGGAUUCAAGGAAAGGUAAAGAUGAAGAUGAAGAAGACUGCCCUAUUUGUCUCGAACAUCUCAACGGAGGUUUUGGUUAUAUUAGGCUUAGAAAUUGCAUGCACAAAUUUCACUCUCGUUGCAUCGAUAAAUGGCUUUUUAAGUGUGCUCGCUGUCCUCUAUGUCGUUCUCUUGCAUGCCGUAACAACUACCUAUGA